UAUUGGGAGGUUAAACUCGGGAUGCCUCCGUGUUAUCGGCUGUUUCACUAGCCCUUAUCAUUCCGUUGAUUUUAAACGCCUCGUCUGCCUUACCUGCUUGGACUGUUUCGAGUAACAAUUUCGUCUCUGUAUCGCAAACCCACGGAUUUCUCAAUACUGGCAGGACUUCAACUGAGCUCAAGAUGUCAAUUUUGCCUUUCACUCCCCCCAUUGUCAAAAGACUUUUGGGUUGGAAGAAGGGAGAGCAGAACGGACAAGAGGAGAAGUGGUGCGAAAAGGCGGUGAAGAGCCUGGUGAAGAAGUUGAAGAAAACGGGACAACUUGAUGAAUUGGAGAAAGCCAUAACCACGCAAAACAUCAACACGAAAUGCAUCACCAUACCAAGGUCUCUGGAUGGCCGUCUGCAGGUGUCCCACAGAAAAGGACUGCCCCAUGUCAUCUACUGUCGCCUGUGGCGCUGGCCCGACCUGCAGUCCCAUCAUGAGCUGCGGGCGGUGGAGCUGUGCGAGUAUGCCUUUCACACCAAGAAGGACGAAGUGUGCGUCAACCCCUACCACUACCAGAGGGUAGAAACACCUGUCCUCCCACCAGUGUUGGUGCCCAGACACACUGAGAUCCCCAGUGAGUUCCCACCCCUGGAUGACUAUAGCCAUUCAAUACCAGAAAACACCAACUUCCCUGCUGGCAUUGAGCCACAGAGCAACUACAUACCAGAAACACCACCACCAGGCUACCUCAGUGAGGAUGGGGAGACCAGCGACCACCAGAUGAACCACAGCAUGGACACAGGCUCCCCUAACCUGUCACCUAACCCUGUCUCACCAGCACACAGCAACUUGGACCUUCAGCCGGUGACGUACUGCGAGCCUGCCUUCUGGUGCUCCAUCUCCUACUAUGAGCUAAACCAGCGGGUAGGAGAGACUUUCCAUGCCUCACAGCCCUCGCUGACCGUAGACGGCUUCACGGACCCAUCCAACUCGGAGCGCUUCUGCUUGGGCCUGCUCUCCAACGUCAACCGCAAUGCUGCUGUGGAGCUAACACGCAGACAUAUCGGCCGGGGUGUACGGCUCUAUUACAUCGGAGGAGAAGUGUUUGCUGAAUGUCUCAGUGACAGCGCCAUCUUUGUCCAGAGUCCCAACUGUAACCAACGCUACGGCUGGCACCCAGCUACCGUCUGCAAGAUCCCUCCAGGUUGUAAUCUGAAGAUAUUCAACAACCAGGAGUUUGCCGCCCUGCUGGCUCAGUCUGUCAACCAGGGCUUUGAGGCUGUUUACCAGCUCACCAGGAUGUGCACUAUCCGCAUGAGCUUUGUGAAGGGAUGGGGAGCAGAGUACAGGCGACAGACGGUGACCAGCACCCCCUGCUGGAUCGAGCUGCACCUCAACGGCCCCCUGCAGUGGCUGGACAAGGUGCUCACACAGAUGGGCUCCCCCAGCAUCCGCUGCUCCAGUGUGUCCUAGGGGAGUCUUGCUGACCAUAUCUCUUGUGGAUGGACGGAGUGAAAAACAUUCAGACUGGAUGUACACACGAAUGGCUCCGCUAGUUUGGAGAGACGAUGAGCCCCUUGACUCAGCCAACUGUUGGUAGCACUUUUUUAUAUACAUGUUGUUUGUGGCAAAAGGGGACACGUGCAUUAAAGCAGUACCAUUUUAGUAUGGCCUCCAUGUUAUAUCCAUAUCUGAUUUGAUGGCAUUUUUUUAUGUUUGAUAUUGCUGGCAUUUGUGUGGCAAACAGGCUGUAGCGCGGGAGUAGCAUUUAACAAAUAUUUCAAGCGAGAUUCUCCAGUUUCUCUUCACUCUUUGCUAGUUGAAAAAAAAUCUUCUAUAUCUUUUUUUUAAAUGUACAGAUGCUAAAAAUGAGUAGAUCAAUGACUUUUUAAAAGUAUGAAUCGUAAUUUUUGAAAGCAUUAAGGGUAAUUUUGUAUAGCAUGUUAACAAUCAUCACACAUUUCAGUGGACUUUGUGUCUGUGUUUGGGAAUUUACUAGGUUAUGAGGAUAUUAACAAAUGUAACCCAAAUGAAAUGGAUUGAAUAUGUAUGAGUUAAUGGAGAUUUUUUUGCAACCAGUUGUGAGCGGUGUGUGAAGGAAAAAUACUGUUAUCCUAGUAAGUUGCUUUCCCUCCUGUCCCCCUCCGCCUUCAAAAUACUUGUUCAGGUUUUCAUAUAUACUCUUGAUCUUUUCAGGAAGCCUUUUAUUUCCCCCCAAAAGGCUUGUUUAGAUGUAAAACAGGGAACACUGUGUAAAACUACAAACAUAUUUGCUGGGAGGCAAAGGAAUGACUAGGGAUCAGUUAAUGGCUCAGGUUAAAUAUUGGCUCCCUCAGAUAGCUGUAAAUUUACACACGCGACAUGUGAAUUGUCUCUUAUUUUAAUUAUCCACCAGUAGUACCCUCCUGUGUUUGUGUCAUUAUUGUUCACUGGAAUAGUAUAGUAAAUUUUGUUUUUACCCCCACCUAAUCCAUCUUAUUUGAAGGGGGUCAGACCUCCCACCUGCCGGUGACCCGGCUGAUUGUCCAGUGGAUUUGAACCAUGGGCCAGACGUCACUAAGCAGUCUGACGCAUCAUAUCAACAUGUUUCCUAUAGAAUAAAUGGUAUUAUGCAAGGCAGUCGUGGAAAUGAAGACGAGAUGCCCCUUCUAGUUUGUUUUGAUCGCAGAUAUUCAGUUCAUCACUGUGAUCCAGUAGUCGUCAAAACUUGUCAGUUAUGGGUGUGACUACGGUACAUAGCUAAAUUAGAGCUAGUCAGAGCUAUAAUCAUGCAAAAUUGGUACCCUGGCGUAAAUACGGGAGAGCUACGCCUAUUCUCAAAAUGUGUCCUUUGUGAAAUGUUUGGUUCUCAUCUAAUAUUCAUCUAGUGUGUUAUUAUAAACAUACCACAGCCAUUUGCACACCUAGCAGGCUGUUGUGGAGAGGGUACAUCCAACAUUUUGCAUAGAGUUAUGCACAUUAAUGUGACUGAGUGCCCUAUAGCGGGCUCUGAAGUGAGUAGUGUGUGUGUGAACAUGCCUUUGCUAUUUAUGCAUUCUGCCUUAGCAGUGUGAUAAUUAUUGUUUUUUCAGUCAUGACUGAUCUUUUCACACAUCUAUUACUGAAGAGACAAGUUAAAUCAAAUAGAGAGAAUUAUGAAAAGGAAAGCUGACUCCUUAUUGCCCAGGACUACCGUGUACUUCUAUAGGCAUAUAAAGAAAUUAUAUGUUGUAGGCAGCAUGUUGUGCUGCAGGUGUUUUGCAUUACAGUAUAGAAAAUACUGCUGGCAGAUUUGCUUGUAUUUUUGUACCUGUGAAGAUGAGGCACAUUUAAUACAGAGCACAGCAUUUUUUUUUUACAAAAGGGAAUUGUUUAGAUAGCUAGAGGUUUGUACAUGAUAAUAGAGCCUCAUGAGAUAAUGUCCCUAUUUUUUUAAUUGUCUUCAUGUACAUGGACAUACAUGUGUUAAAAUGUGACCCCAACCAAUGAGCUGUUGAGGGUUUUGGUAUCAGGAGAACAUUAGAAAGAGGCCUGACUUCAGAACAAUGUCAGAUAUAUGGCAGGACAAUGUUGGAAAGGGAGGUCUUAGCUCUGUGGUCCAAUCUCCAAACACAUCCCACAAGAGAAGUGGACAAUUCCUUCUCUUGAAGACCCCAAAUACAUAACACUAGAUAAUGCCACAGUGGGUAUUAUGGUAAAUAUGAAAAAUAUUGCAUUUUUACAGUACUUAUCGAUGUACAUUAAUUCAGCUUUUGAUGUCAAUGCUUGCCCAUUGGUGCUAUUUUUUUUUUAACAAUGUAGGGAGUCAUGCUUAGUGUUGGGAAUUGUAUUCCUAAUGAUGGUUGAGAUGGAUCACUGUUUACCUUUGGUGACCCCGACCCUCAAAGCACAGCAUCCCAUAUUGGUUGGUUUCAGAAAAAGUAGCAUCUACCGAUCUGAAACAAGACUGCUCUUUGUAGAGCUAGCUGCCCAAGUUCCCAUGAAAGCAAAAGUCCAUAAUGCCAAUGGGCAUUUUUAACCACAUGGUUAUUGGGUUAAUCCAGUAGGGAGUAUUUUGCAAGUAUUUUUGUCUUUUUUUACACACUAUUCAAGUUAUAGUGCUUGUGCAUUUUUUUUUUGCAUUGGUUAAAUAGUUUAUUGUAUAAUCUGUGCGUAUUAGUUGUGAUUUGUGCUUUUAUGUUCUCGAUUGCUUGUUUAGCUGACUUUUGUAUAAAAUUAUAUCCUUUAUUCUUUUCUCCCUGCCUAUGAAAUGUUGAUGUGAUGCAAUGUAAUUUUGUUUGUUAUUGUUGGCCUAUAAAUAAAAUCUAUAUCUUGUGGCCAGAUGGCCGGUAGUAAGCAAAACAAAGCUCCAUUUUGAAAUUCAUAGCAUAUCACUUCUCUUCGACCAAGUUAUUCUAAUAUUCAACCAAAUCAGCUGUGUUAAUAAACACAUAGGAUCAGUUGUGCGCCCAGGUAAUUUGCAUUCUAAUGAACUUGAUUAUAAGCACGACUUCAAGCAUCAAGUUUGUCAUUAAAUGAAUACAAUGACUAUAACUCCUCUAUGUAAUUAAAGAUGUGGAGAAGGA